AUGGCUGGAACCAGCAAACAGUAUCUCUACGAUACUCAUAUUAACAUGUAUCCGCCGUCCCGUGGUGGGAUGAGCGCUCAGCGCAAUAUUGCGAACAGCCCAUCGCGCAUCGUACCCUACCCCGUGGAAGACAUCCAGCAGCCAAUGAGCCCGGUAGCGCUGCAGUCGGCCGCAGCGACAUCGCCAGCAACGUCCACACAUACCCUGGUUGGAUCCAAGCGCUCACCUCCUCCCCCUAACGUUCGGUACGAUCAGCCAUUCACAUUUCAAAACGGAGAACAGAACCUCGGAGGCACCCCGCCCCCAGACCUCGUGAGCGGUUUGCGAAGGUUCGACAGCGCCACUGCGAAUAACAGCUCUACUGACACUUUUCAAAGUGCCAGCGAUGUGUCGGCUCCGCCGCCAGCUACGGCCACGGCAAUGCCGCCGCCGCCCUACGAAGAGACAGAAAACCAACAAUUUUUGCGCGAGAAGCUUUAUCGCACAGCAAGCGACCUCAGUAGCGGCGAGUCGGGACAGGAGGCCGGAUCCAGAAAGCCCCUGCAGAACCAGCCCCUGCAGAACCAGCACCUGCAGAACCAACCCCUGCCUGAAGCGCAAGGCAGCCAAUACCGAACCCUGGACCAGGGAACACCCCGUAAGGCAGAGCGCGCUCUACCCCGGGAACUACAACGUGAUCUGUCUCAGUACAGUGACGAAGCGCUUUACUUUUAUCGUGUUUACCAGGUGACGGUCGACGAUUCGCCAAACUUCACACCCAAGGUGCAGAUGAAGUGGUGCGAAACACUGUUAACCUACUCCUUCAAUACAGAAUUUGUUUCAAAUUACAACAUCAACAGCAACAAGCUCAAGCCGCGCCUUACUCCCGAGGAAGCACUGAAAAACCAGAAAAUCAUUCUAGAGCAUGCGCUCAAAGUGCUCACCAAGUUAAUAACACUUCAGUACGGUCCCGCGCUCUACCUCAUGGCUACGCUAUACUCUCAUCAACCAUACCUCGACAUCAAGAUCCAGGCAGUGAUUGUGCGAAAUGACGCGAAAGCCCUCGAUUACUACACUCGCGCCGCGGCACUGAACGAGUCAGAGGCGUGCUAUCGUGCGGGCGUUUGCUACGAGUACCAGCGCGGAACGCCUACGGAGCUCGACAAGGCACAAUGCCUCCAGAAAGCGGUAUAUUUCUUUGACCGCGGCGCAACACAAUGUGGCAACACCGCAUGCAUGUAUAAGCUGGCCAUGCUCCUGCUGCAUGGGGUUAACGAAAAGUAUAGUGCGCAGGCAGUCCUGCAGCAGGACGUGAAGGCAGCGAUGCACUGGUUCAAAAAGGCCGCGGCCGAAAGUGCCCCCACGAACGGCGCUGUGGGUUCGCCCCAGGCGAUGUAUGAGCUGGCCAAGAUAUACGAACGAGAUGGCUUGCAGCCUGCGUUGCAAGAGCGGCUGGAGGCCGCCGGUAUCUCGCGCGACGCCACACGCGCCUUACAGUACUACCACCGCUGCGCGACGCUGUGCUCCUAUCCGCUGGCGCAGUGGCGCCUGGGCCAGUGCUACGAGUUCGGCCAACUGAAUCUACCAGUGGCUGCCAACAAGUCUAUAGCCUGGUACGCGAAAGCCGCGAUGGCUCAACCGCGCGGCAACCCUAUGGCUAUGAUGGCUCUGAGCGGCUGGUACCUCACAGGCGCUACAGGCGUGCUAAAGCCCAACAAUCGCGAAGCAUACAACUGGGCGCGCAAAGCCUGCCAGGCUGCGGACGGCAAACUCGCUCGAGCAGAAUAUGCAUUGGCUUUUUACUCCGAGAAUGGCAUCGGCUGUACGCCGAGCCUGGCGGAAGCGCGCGAACACUAUGAGCGCGCAGCAGCAGCAGGCCACGCGAAGGCCCGGGACCGCCUGCGAGCCGGCGACCUGUAG